GAAUUGGCAAGCCGAGACUUCACCCGAGAGCAGAUCCAGCUUCAGGACUUCCGCUCGAAGAUUCAGGGCGCGCGGCAGCUCCUCCCUGAGUUGCGGGCCCGGCGACGUGAUCUAGAUUCGGCUGUGCAGGCCAUAGAGGCACGUUCUGGUGAGCUGCGCCAGCGCUGCGCGGAGGCUGAGCGCGAAGCCCUCGAAGACUUCGAGGUGCUGCGAAGUCAUCUGAACUCCGUUGAGAGCCUCAAGCAGGCAGUGCUCAGCCGCGAGCGCGAUGUACGCUUACGUCUGGCUGGACAGAUCGAGGAAUUUUGUCAGCGCCUUCUACAGGCUGAUGGCAGCAACUCUAGUGCUGCAGCUGCUUUUCGCGCAGAAUUCCCCGACCUGCAAGCAGCCGCAGACACUAUGUGCUCUCGAGCCUGUUCCUUGCCGCAGGUGGACGUGCCUAUUGAUGACGUGCCUUUCGAAGCGCGAGUGCGUUCAGAAAAGCUUCGGAGGUAUGUUGUGGCGGAGCGGCUGCUGCGGGCCAAAGACAUGUCUCUUUGGCGCCUGGAGCAGCAAAGAAGACAGCUGAUUGCAGAGACUACUGAGGGAGCAGAGUGGAUCAGGCAUUUGGGAUCUAUGCUGGACCGCUAUGCGGAGGAGCUUGGUUACGUCUGCUAUUUCUGUUCGGAGCGGUUUUCCGCUGCGGCCGCAAACAGCCGAUGUGCUUGGAACCAAGCCACCUCGCCCUCUGGCCGUGCACUCUCACCGGACAGAAGGGUCCCGCAGCAGCUCUGGGGUGGAGGAGCGCACUUCUGGGUGCCGUUGCCAGCUCCUGUGAGUGCUGCAGCAGCAGCAGCUCUUGCAAGCUGCGGACCAGAUCAUCGUGACCCCCGUGACCUGCGAGAGCCGUGGGUCAAUUGGCAGGCGCCACCGCCACCGCCACCACUGUGGGCUGAUCCCUUGGAGGGAUAUGCACCGCAGCCUCCACAGGUGAGUUCAGCCAGCUCACGGGCAGCCUCCCCAUCCAUCACAAGGCAUGGAGGGCCGGCCUUUUCAGGGCCCGCUGCGCCAAGGCGUGACCUAGCGGCAUUUGGCCAAGGAGGACCUGGAGACAUCCCUGUGCCACCGCCCAGCCGUGGCCCGGCUGCCUUCACUGAGCGCCGCUGCGGUGGGGGCGGGCCGCUCCCCGUUGUUGAGGCACGCGAAAUUGAUUCGCGCCCUAUUCUGCGUGGGCGAGAGGAAGCUGAUGGCUUCUCAUUGCUCUGA